CGUUAAGCAACAAACCAUUCUUUGUGUAAAAUUGAGACAUUGAUGGUAUGUUUAAAUUGCAGACAAAUUACUGGACGGUGUUUACAGAUUUUGCUGGUUGGAGAUACAGAGCAAAAGAGAAAAAGAUUAGAAAAAUUGCACCACACACCUUCUGAAAAUAUAUACAAUGGACAGAGUAUAUACAGUUUUCCUAUUAGUUUGCUUGACCAGCGUCGCUUUCACCUACAACUGCGUGGAGAAAAGUUGCAUCCGUGGAUUCUGUUUUUAUGAAAAAAAAUGCACGACGGACGAUUCAAAUGGAUGUUAUAUAGAUAGAUACGGUGGAAUAUACAACCAAUCUCUCCAUAAUUGUUCAUCGGCGCCUUGCUUGCCGUUCUGGUCUAAUACAACAGACUAUGGGGUAUAUACUAGAGAUUGUUGCUUUUCUGACGGAUGUAACAACGAUUGGAUGGAAUCAAGUACAGUAGAUGACCCGGACGUUGACGAGUGCUACAGCAUAGAAUGUGAUUAUGAAGGUUGCAUAAGAGAAGCCAUACAGGAAGGGAAGGCAAAACUGUGCACUUUACUUCCAGAUGAACAGUGUAGGACAUUCAUCAGAGCAAACCCAUUGCUUUAUUUCACUUCUUGUUACGAAUUCUGCAAUGCCAGUAUAUUUACAUUCUCGCAAAUUGACUGUUGUUCCGGAGACCUCUGCAACUCGCCACCAGGCCCUACGACAGAAUCCACUACUCCUGAAAGUACAACGGCAAAUGCUACAAUGGCAGAUGUUACAACGGCAGAAGUUACAACGGCAGAUGGAAUGGUUAAAUGUGGAAACGAAACAUCUGAUCCUGCUGCUACAAAGAAUUGUAUUUCGGGAGCAGGAAGCCUUGCACAUCCGCAUUAUCUAAUUUGUUAUCUGUCACCAUUUUCGUUUUUGUUCUUACAUAGCCUGUUCUCAAAACUUUGAAUUGUGCAAAAUAUUCAUUUUUAGCUCCACUAUUCGGAGAAUAGGGAGGAGUGAGGUGGGAGCUAUUCUACUCGCCCCGGCUUCAGCUUCGGCGUCGGCGUUGGCGUCGGCGUCGGCGUGUCACUUUCUUGGUUAAAGUUUUUCGGCAAACUGCGUUUUUCUGUCAUAUCUUUGUUACUAUUGCUUAUAUCUCACUGUAACUUCAUAUAAACAUUUUCAAGCAUACAAACAAAGUACGUACAGAGACUGAGUCCAUUAUACCCAAGGUCAAUGUCGACAAGGUGUUAUAAAUAGGCUAUUUUUUAAGGUUAACUUUGUUGUUCUGUCAUAUCUUUGUUACUAUAGCUUAUAUGUUACUUAACUUCACAUAUAAAUUGAUCAGCAUACAAAACAAUGUACGUGUUACCCAUUAUAUCCUAAAUCAAGGUCAUCAAGGUGUUAUACUUUGUAUUAUUUUCAUGUUAAAGUUUUUCGAUCAAAUUAUGUCCCUUUUUCUUUUAAUUGACACAUUAAUUCAUUUUAUUGUCAGAUGGCCGAAUACUGCGAAUAGUGUCUUACGGACAGCUCUUGUUAUUUGUUUGUUUGUUCGUUUCGAUAUUGUCAACAUGCAUGUAUAAUCUUAUAUCUUUAAAAAUGAUCCUUAACAGCACUUUUGAAAAUAGUGGGGCUAGACAGAUUCCUUAUUUGAGAUGAAAGCAUAUUCAAUAACUUAUAACCUAAAAAGGAAAAUGACUUCAACCCAAAGCCUUUCACCCUAGGUAGCAUAAAGGACCCACUGUCACUACACCUUAUUCUAUAUGAAUGAACAGAAUCUAGGUUCACAAAGUAUUGACUCAUAUAUUCAAGAGAUUGUCCAUUUUUAAAUUUGAAAACAUGACACAAUGUUAUUUGUUCCACUCUUUUACUGACGGGUACCAAUUUAAUGAAAUAAAAUGUUCUUGGGCAAUAUGGGACCUAUUUUCCAGAUAGAGUAUAAACCUGAUUAAUUUAUUUUGGAGCUUGUUUUUUUUUUUUUUUUCAAAUUGAGAUAAGCCGUUAUGGUGUGCAUUUGUAUUAUAACUAAACUUGAGGACAGAUACAGAAGAGUGGAGUACAAGUUUUAUCUG